CGUACCGUUAGACACGGGAAGAGGGUGUGUGUGAGUGCGCGUGUGUGUGUGUGUGUGAUUAGUAGAUUAUCGGACUGAUGGAGAAUAAACACACUGCUCGGCUGUGGAAGAGACAAGCUCCUGCUUUCUAACUGGACUUUCAGCUUUGUGGAUUCAUCUUAUUUUUAUUUAUUGAUACACAUAUGUUUUUCUAGGUCUUCAGUGUGUGAAAGUUCACUCAGUCUGCGUCUGUCAAGCGGGACUCCUCAUGGGAUUAACACACAGACUCACUUUUGACAUCUUGUGGGAUUUUUUUUUAAAUCUGGGCUGCUAAGACUCUCUUCACUGAAGUGAUUCUGUUAUCACUACUCUCCAGGCAGACCUGCCCUGAUGCGGGUUUGCUUUGUUUUGGGUAGAUGUCAACUUUGGGCUGCAGCACUGUUGUGCAAUUCUUCACUGUCUGCGCGCGUGCUCGUGCGGGUAUUUGCUUAAAGCGAUAGACGUGCGCGCGUGCACGAUCGCGCCCGAAGACGUCAUUCCUGCGUGAACGAGUGACGAUGUGCAACUGGUUGGGUUUUUCUGUGAAGUCAAAUCUUGAUAACAGAAAGCAGACCUUGCAGUAAGGGUUUGGUUUUCGUGCAAGUCUUAAAUUGCAGAAAUCAUUGGCAUGCCUUUGAGUUCUGAUGUGCAGAAUAAUUAGUUUAGCACUUUCUGAGGAUUAUAAGCUUGAGCUGCUUUGGAAUCAAAUGUGUUUUGCUCUGGUUUUAAUGUGGGAUGCCAACAUUUAAAGUUUAAAUUGUUUACACUUUGCAAGUUUUGUUCUUAAAGUUACUGUUUUAAAAAAAAUAGCUAUAAAUGCAUGAUCCAUUUUUAAUUUGCAGACUCUAAUUACCCAGAUAAGUUUAGUGCUGUUUUCAUCUUUCUCUAGUGUUAUUUAGAUUAAACAUGCGGUACUUUCUAAUUUAAAUCUAAUACAAGCAAGCCUAAAGCUGCUGAAUUUUGAGUUUAUUCUUUGCUUUUAAUUCAGAUUUAAGUGAAAAUAAUGACCUGCUUUUAAUCUGACUCAAACAAGUUGUGAGAACGGUUUCUCCAGACUCCAUUUUAGAUUCUGUGCAGGUUCUGCUCUUGAAUUUUCUGUGUUUUGAGCUUUUCAGCAAAAUUGCUGAGCUUUUCUACCUGAUCCAGUUUUAUUUUAACGUUAAAAAUAGCACGAUCACUUCUCAUCUGAGUCAAAUGCGCUGCCAGAACUGUAACAUUGAGUUGAAUUCUUUUUGAGUUUUCCUCCUGAAGUGGUGAAGUGUUUGCGCUUUUCCCCACUUGCUCUUGUUUUGCAGUCGAGUUUCUUUUAAAGUGAAUCGAGUGAGCAGUCAGGACAGUAUCUGCAGACGUGGGGGAUUGAGUUUGGUGCUUUCUGCUCUUGACAGUUUUUCACGUAUCGCCUGAACAGAAUGUCAACGGAAACAGAACUUCUUGUUUUUGCAGUUACCAAACUUGUCCUGCAGACCUGAAAUGAUGCCCUGACACGUUCAGUCUCUGAGCUGCAGUAAAACGCCCUAAUUAUGCUAUUUAUUUUGCUGACAUUUUUUGGAUUGACUGAUUGACGCUGAAAUUCUCAGAUCUCUGCAUGCUUAGGAGUCUCUUCAUUGUGUCCGGAGCUGCGAACACGCACGCACACACACACACACUUAACACACACUCUGCAGGACUGCCAGAGGAAACAGCCAUCAGAGCUGAAGCUUGCGCAACCGCUGGCCAGAGAAACUGCUCUUUUUACUGUACAGUCGAAAUACUGGAAACUGCCGCAGGGGGAAGAGACAGAGUGGCAAAUGCAAUGGAAGAAAUCUGAUUUAUGUGACUUUUGCUUUUGACAGGUCUGACCGCGCACCUGUGAGGACAGAGAAUAUGUUUUUUCACUUUGGAUUGGGUAGGACGUCUUGUUCUUAAAGAGUUUUUGCUGUGCGGAUUUCUUAUUCUUUUCUGUCAAAGUGCCAGAUAAUGAACAAAGCUCGAAUUUGGAGCGCAGAAGCAUAACGUCAGAGUGCUGACACAUCCAGAAUGAGUGGAGGAAAGAAACGGAGCGGUUUUCAGAUCACCAGCGUCACCUCGGAUUACAAUCAGAGUUCUGCGGAGAGCCAUCCUGCGGAGCUCCUCAGCCCUGGGACUCAAAGAGCCACGCCCCCUUCUGCUAGAAACCCCGCCCAUGGGCGGAGCUCCGAAAGCCAGACCACAUCCCCGACUCAGUUUAUAUCUAAUGGGCUGUCACUGCGGCAAAGCCCCGCCCUCCAGACGCAGCAGAGCUCCAGUCAGCCGACCACUCCUGUCACGGCGCGGAAGCAGAGCUCGCUGGAUGCGGGUGGCUCUCGGUUCCGCGUGGUGCGUUUGGACCAGGGGCCGGGCGAACCAUACAGACGUGGCCGCUGGACAUGUGUGGAUGUGAUGGAGAGGGAGGUGGAGGAGCGAGGCCUGCGCCGUGUGAUUGACAGUAUGAGACACGCCCACUCGCUGGAGUCAUUGGAGACUGUGGGACUGGGAGGAGCCGAAGGAGCAGUGGGCGGAGCCAGAUUAAAGCCCCUAGCGGUGCACCUAGGUCACAUGGUACACUCGCAGGGCACCACCCACCUGCUCAGCCAAUGCCGGAUAGAGUCCGCCCACAGUGGCCCGCCCUCACCCACAUACAACCAUACUCUGUACGACACACAGCCAAUCACAUCGCCGAUUACGCCUGGAAAACGCAACAUCCCCGCCCCGCUGCGCCUCGAUAUGGACGCUGCUGGCAAGCUGCGGACGACACGCUCCCAGCCCACAUCUCCCGGGCCGCACAGUCUAGGUCGGGACAGUCCAUUCCACCCAGCACUGACGCCCAUCCAGACGCCAUCUGCCCUGGCCUUAGCGCAGUCCAUGUUCGGGAUGGGCCGGGCAUUCCAGCUGGUGGGAGAUGACGGUGGAACGAACAGCAGUAUGAUCGCCAUCGAUAACAAGAUCGAGCAAGCCAUGGACCUGGUGAAGUCUCACCUGAUGCUGGCAGUUCGAGAGGAGGUGGAGGUGCUGAGAGAACAGAUUAAAGAGCUCUCAGAGAGAAACGCUCAGCUAGAGAGAGAAAACUACAUCCUCCGAGCCCUCAAGGACCGAGACUGAGCCCCGACACAUGACACUGGCCCCGCAGUGCAUCAUGGGAGACGUAGUUCAAUCAGAAAAAAGAGCCCAGAAAAAGGGAAAGGAAGACAGAAGAGUGUGCAGUAUUGACCAGUUAGUGCCUUAAAAACCGCAGUAAUGAUUGAUAGCGCUGCUCGUAUGCUCUAAUUAAGAGAUAAUUAAAUGAUGUUAAUUGAUUUAUGACACCCUAAACAGUUCCUAUUUAUUACUGUCAGUCUGUAUGCGUGUGUGUGCGCGUGUGUGUGUGUGUGUGCGCGUGGGUUAGUUUGAAAGCACUGCUCACGUCUAGGUUAACAAGUCUUUUUUAAUGUUGCCAUCGUUACUCCUGAACUACCCCGGGCGGAUGAAAAGACUAGUUUAGGUUGGUUAACUGGCUCUUCCUGUCUGUUAGUGAAUAAUGAUCUGAUCUGUAAUGAUGACUGCUCUAAUAAAUAACUCUCACUA